UUUAUGUGACUUGACUGGCAGGCAAUUGCCAAGGAUUAUGUCUUAUCGAGAUGUAAAAUAAUUGCAGAACCUUGGGAUUGUGGAGGACUUUAUCUAGUAGGAAGAUUCCCAAAUUGGGAUAGGUGGGCUGAGUGGAAUGGUAAGUAUCGUGAUGAUGUUCGAAGAUUCAUAAAGGGUGACCCUGGUAUGAAGGGAACUUUUGCAACUCGUGUAUCUGGAUCUUCUGAUUUAUACCAGGUAAACAAGCGCAGGCCAUACCAUAGCAUCAAUUUUGUCAUCGCACACGAUGGGUUUACGUUAUGUGACCUUGUUUCCUACAAUUUCAAGCACAAUGAUGCUAAUGGGGAAGGUGGCAAGGAUGGAACCAAUGAUAACCUCAGCUGGAACUGUGGUUUUGAAGGGGAAACGGAUGAUGUUAAUGUUUUAAGUCUACGUUCACGACAAAUGAAGAACUUCCAUGUGGUGUUAAUGAUAUCUCAGGGAACGCCAAUGAUGCUCAUGGGAGACGAAUAUGGUCAUACACGUCAUGGAAACAAUAAUAGCUAUGGACAUGACACUGCCAUGAACCAUUUUCAGUGGGGGCAGUUGGUAGCAAGAAAAGAUGAUCAUUUUAGAUUUUUCUCAGAGAUGAUAAAAUUUCGCCGCAAGCAUUCUAUAUUGCGACAUAAUAGAUUUCUUACCAAAAAUGAUGUUACCUGGCAUGAGCACUACUGGGAUAACCCUGAGAGCAAAUUUCUAGCAUUCACGCUUCAUGAUGAGAAGCUUGGCGGAGACAUCUAUUUGGCUGUUAACGCGCAUGACUACUUUGUCAAAGUUGCAAUACCGUCACCGCCACAAAAGCAGCAGUGGCAUCGAGUGUGGUGUGAUGAAGACGGCGACAAUGAUGGGGAUGGGACUAGUGGUGGCAGCGGUGAAGGAGAUGUUUGCAGUGGUGGUGGCGAUGUGGUGUAGGUGGUGUCAAUAAAAGGUUGACACAAAUCGGCAAUCCCCCAAUGAUUUCGUUACUGAAGGUGUACCUUUCAGUGGGUCCAGUUACAAUAUCGCUCCGUAUUCUUCAAUUGUCCUUGAGGCAAAGCCAUGAAACCACAUGAUGGGUUUUUGUUGCUUCAAAGGAUCCACAAUUAAUAAGUGCUGUACAUAAUGCCAAUGCUGGCAAAUGAAGUUUGGCGAAUAAGAAAGUAGAUCAUGGAAGAUGUAAUGAAAUUGUUAUACCGUAAAGCUGUCCAAAUAUUAAUAUUGACCGGCAACUGGCAUUACAUUGAAUCUCGAUAUUUAUAUUUCUGGAUCA